GAAAAAACGAAGAAAUUAGAAACUCCCAAGCAAUCAGCGUUCGAACCUACACCCAGCGAUUUCCUUCCUUAGAUUUUGGAUAUCUUCUACGUGGAGGCGGCUAGUUUUUACUGCGAUUUCUGUUCCUGUAUCAAAACGACCACACACAGGAACAGAGUCGGCUUCUCUCUCGCUUUCCACCAAAUCUUUCGUCUCAGCAGAGGGAGAGGCUGUGUGGAACCAAAUAUUGUUUAUUACGUUCAAAAUGAACUUCAAUUUCAAUCCACACUCGAAUUAUUCAGAGAUCACAUCCAAUUAUCCAGAAAGUUCACAAAGCAUAAACAUCAAUAAACCACAGUUCAUAUCUUCAAUCAAGGCUACUGACAUCACCAAAAGAGACAGCAUCCAAGUGUCUAGUCAUGAUGCUAGAAAAGUAGUGCUUUCAAGUCAAAUGGAAGGAUUAGGAACACGUUUUAUUGAAAAGUCAUUGUCAAAGCCAAAACAGAAGUUGGAAUUUAUCAGGACAUUGCUGAUUGACAACUAUGACAGCUACACAUACAAUAUAUACCAAGAGUUAUCUGUUGUUAAUGGAUUGCCUCCUGUUGUGGUGAGAAAUGAUGAAUGGACAUGGGAGGAGGCUUGCUAUUACAUUUAUGAAGAGAGAGCUUUUGAUAAUAUUGUCAUAUCACCAGGUCCAGGAUCACCAGCAUGCCCAGCUGAUAUAGGAAUUUGUUUUAAGUUGCUGCUAGAGUGUGGAGACAUUCCAAUCUUAGGUGUUUGUCUUGGACACCAGGCUUUAGGCUAUGUGCAUGGUGCUAAUGUUGUGCAUGCCUUUGAACCUGUUCAUGGACGUUUAAGUGAAAUACAGCAUAAUGGCUGCAAACUAUUCCAUGAUAUUCCUUCUGGGAAAAAUUCUGGUUUUAAGGUUGUUCGAUAUCAUUCCCUAGUGAUAGAUCCAAAGUCACUUCCAAAGGAACUUAUACCUUUAGCAUGGACUUGUUCAACUGAUACAAUAUCUUCUCUGGUUGACCAAAAGUUUGACCAAUCAAAUUAUGUUGAAACUACACCUGAUAAUAAAGUUCUCAUGGGUAUCAUGCACUCCACAAGGCCUCAUUAUGGUUUACAGUUUCAUCCCGAGAGCAUUGCCACCUGUCAUGGGAGUCGGAUAUUUAAAAAUUUCAGAGAAAUUACAGAAGACUUUUGGGGAUGGAAGGACUCUUGUUCUGUUAAUGACAGGAAGUUAAAGUAUAAUGCGUGCAUGCAGGUGGGAAAUGGAAGUUGGGAGUUUAAAGACAAUCCCAGAAGAAGUUAUCUGUCUUUUCUUGAUACAAACCCUUUUGAUAUAUACGAGAGGGCAAAUUCGUCAAAUUUGAGAAAUGAUGUCAAGUUUUUGAAGUUAGAAUGGAGGAAAAUUGAGAAUUUGUGUUCGCAAAUCGGUGGUGCAAAAAACAUAUUUCUUGAAUUGUUUGGAGAUGAAAAGGCUGAAAAUACCUUUUGGCUUGAUAGCUCCUCUACAGAAAAGAGAAGAGCAAGAUUUUCGUUUAUGGGUGGAAAAGGUGGCUCUCUUUGGAAACAGAUAACAUUCAGAUUAUCGGAUUUGGACCCAAGUGAGAUUACAUCUACAAGUGGAGGUGGAGGUAAUAUUACAAUUGAAAAUGCUCAAGGAUUAUCCACCACAACAUUUUUGGAAGAAGGUUGCUUCCAUUUCAUGAAUAAGGAACUUCAAUCUAUUCAUUAUGAUGAAAAAGAUUUCCAAGGAUUACCAUUUGAAUUUUACGGUGGAUACGUAGGCUAUCUCGGAUAUGGCCUUAAAGUAGAAUGUGGUGCACCAUAUAACCAACACAAGGCAAAAACACCAGAUGCGUGUUUCUUCUUUGUAGACAAUCUUAUAGCAAUAGAUCAUUCCAAUGAUGAUAUCUACGUUCUAAAUUUACACGAUCAAACCACAAAAACAAAAACAAAAACAACAUGGGUCAAUGAUGUUUAUCAAAAGCUUAUAACCUUAAAACCAUCUUCUACCACUCUUCCCAAAGUCCAAUACCUUAAUAACAACAAAAAAACCGAAAGUACGUUUCUUUCAGAUAAAAGUGAAGAACAGUAUAUAAAAGAUGUGGAAAAGUGUCAGGAGUUUAUAAAAGAUGGUGAAAGCUAUGAGCUGUGUUUAACAACUCAAAUGAGAAAGAAGUUAGGAGAUUCGAAUCGUUUAGGGAUUUACUUACAUCUUAGAGAGAAGAAUCCUGCUCCUUAUGCUGCAUGGCUUAAUUUUUCAAAGGAAGAUUUAACUAUUUGUUGUUCUUCCCCUGAGAGAUUCUUGAGGUUAGAUAGAGAUGGUGUUCUUGAAGCUAAACCUAUCAAGGGUACUAUAGCGCGUGGGUCCACACCUCACGAAGAUUACAUGCUUAAAUCACAACUACAACACAGUGAAAAAGACCAAGCGGAAAAUUUAAUGAUAGUCGAUUUGCUAAGAAACGACUUGGGUCGCGUAUGCGACCCAGGUUCGGUCCACGUCCCGCGGCUCAUGGACGUGGAAUCAUACGCGACCGUGCACACCAUGGUGAGUACGGUGCAAGGCAAGAAACGGUCAAACCUAACUGCAAUCGAUUGCGUUCGAGCCGCAUUCCCUGGUGGCUCGAUGACCGGUGCACCCAAAUUAAGGUCAAUGGAACUUCUAGACUCUUUGGAAAGUUGCUCGAGAGGCAUAUACUCGGGGUGUAUUGGCUUCUUUUCAUAUAACCAAACUUUUGAUCUCAAUAUUGUCAUACGGACCGUGGUUGUUCACCAAGGUGAAGCUUCGGUUGGUGCUGGUGGGGCCAUUGUGUCUCUUUCAAGUCCCCAAGAAGAGUAUAAAGAAAUGGUUUUGAAAUCAAGAGCUCCGGUUAACUCCGUACUCGAAUAUGAACAAAAAUCAGUGGAACAGUAGGGACAUUGUGAUUUAUCUGAUUUACUUCCCAAUGUUGGCUGUGAGACCGGUUGGUGGGGCACCCAGUAUGGUCAACACAUAUUUUUUUUUUACUCGAGAACCAACAAAAUUACUUGGAUGUUGAAAAUUAUGAUUAUAGUGAAAUUUGUUUUUUUGUGGUAGGUUAUAUUUCGUAUUGUGAGUGAAGGUAUCUAUCACAUGUAUGCUGAUGUUGUUGUAUAAUUUGUGGCUCUUGUUUUGGCAACCUCAAUGGAUCAUUUUCUUUAUGAUUUGAUAGCCA